AUGGCGCAAAGGCGCUUGAAUACCAGUGAUUCCACUCAGGCUCCUCUUAGCCAAAACAAUGUUCGACAAGUUCCACCAGUGCCAUUCCACAGCAUCAAAAGAUUUCAAGAGGCACCGUCAUCGGCACAGCCCUACUAUAUAGAUCAGUGUGCAAAAGAACGAGCGGCGCGUCUCGUUGAACUUUCAAAUGAAGUGAAAGCGAUGGACUGUAUCCUCGGAGCUGAUAGUGGAAAAGGGGACAAAAGCGAGCAUGCAGUUUAA